AUGGACUUGAUGUUAGAAGCUUAUUUAACACACGAAUCAAGUCUCAUGGAUUUAGAAGAUAUACCACAAACAGUUGAUCCUGUAUGGAUACUAGGAAAAAAAUAUAGUACAAUUAUUGAUUUACAACAAAUUCGGAAUGAUAUUCAAUCCAGAUUAUGGUUUACUUAUCGGAAAGGUUUUGUUCAAAUUGGCAAUACAAAUUUCACCUCAGACAGAGGUUGGGGAUGUAUGUUACGAUGUGGACAGAUGGUUAUAGGGCAAGCUCUAAUUUUUUUACAUCUUGGAAGAGAUUGGCGCUGGGACCCAGAUAAGAGGGAUAUAGAUUACUUAAAAAUUCUAAGAAUGUUUGAAGACAAGCGAUCUGCACCCUAUUCAAUUCAUCAGAUAGCUCUUAUGGGCGUAUCUCAUGGUAAGCAAGUUGGCGAGUGGUUUGGUCCAAACACAAUAGCUCAAGUGUUAAAAAAAUUAGCCACUAUGGAUGAAUUGAGCUCUCUUGUUUUUCAUGUAGCAUUAGACAACACACUAGUCAUUAAUGAAGUCAAAAAAUUAUGUAUUGUGAUGGAACAAACUAACUCUAGUAAACAAAUUUGGAAACCUUUGGUACUAGUGAUUCCACUACGUUUAGGAAUAAGUGCAAUUAACCCUGCUUAUGUUCAAGGUGUUAAAAUGUGUUUCACUUUCCCACAAUCCUUGGGUGUGAUUGGUGGAAGACCUAACCAUGCUCUAUAUUUUAUAGGUUUCGUAGGCAAUGAUGUAAUAUUUUUGGAUCCACACACAACACAGCAAAUAGGAAUGCUACCGAACAAAGAUAUAGAAACCGAACAUAAAAUUGAUCAUUCGUAUCACUGCCAACAAAUUAACAGACUACCAAUCCUCAACAUGGACCCGUCACUUGCCGCCUGUUUCAUGUGCCAGACUGAAAACGAUUUUAAUGCACUGUGUCAUGAGCUAAAAAUACAUUUGGUGCAGUCUGAUCAAUCACCAUCACAACCGCUUAUCACUAUAUGUGAUGAACGGCCAUCCGAUUGGACGUUAGACACUUCUGGAACUCUGUCCACGUCGUCUGAAAAUGUUACUGUGUCAUUAUCGGACUUGGAACUAAGUGACAAAAAAUUUCUAACUGAUUCAGAUGACGAUUUUGAACUAUUGUGA